ACUGCUGAAGUCCACACUGGUGCUGAUGCCGCUGUUCGGCGUACACUACAUAAUAUUCAACGCCAUGCCCUACACGGAAGUCUCCGGCAUCCCCUGGCAGAUCCAGAUGCACUACGAGAUGCUCUUCAACUCCUUCCAGGGCUUCCUCGUCGCGAUCAUAUACUGCUUUUGCAACGGCGAGGUGCAAGCGGAGAUCAAGAAGUCGUGGAGCCGCCGGACCCUGGCGCUGGAUUUCAAGCGCAAGGCGCGCAGCGGCAGCAACACGUACAGCUACGGCCCCAUGGUGUCGCACACCAGCGUCACCAACGUGACCGCCCGGGCGCCGCACGCCCUCCACCUGACCACCCGGCUGGGCCCGGCGCCGGUCAACGGCCACCGCAACCUGCCCGGUUACAUCAAAAACGGCUCCGUGUCCGAGAGCUCGGCGCCGUCGUCGGGCCACGAGCUUCACUCGGCGCCCGAGGAGCACGCCGCCGCCGCUCACCCGCAGCAGCCGUGCGAGGAGGCCGAGGAGGAGAAACCGUCGCCGGUGGUGGUGGUGGAGGAGGAGCGGGAGACGGUCAUGUGACACCCCCCCCAUAAAAACGUGGACCCCAAAUGUCGUGGCCACCACACUUGGAACUGCCACAGAAUGUGCAACAGUCAAAAAACAGGCUGUAUUUUAAAAUGAUUUACAUCCACUGCCAUCAUUUUACGUUUUGUUUUUUUUGUACAUUCUUUUGUUGCAUCAAUAAGACUAAAUAAUUCUUGCUGUGAAACAGCGUUAAGCUCGCAUGGAGAUUUUAUUUUUUUUUUUUUAAUCGAUUUCAAGGGAAGGCACUCAGGUCAUUCGAGUUUGCUUUUGACUUUUCAACAAUUUGGCGUUUAUCAAGACUUUUGUCCGAAAGGAACAAUUUUCCGCUCGGUGUGACUCCUUUCCCGCAACACGACUUUUUGUUCCGACUUGGCGUCACCGAGAAAAACCCUCUGAAAAGCGUCCCCCCCCCCCCCCCCCCCCGCAUGUCCUUUCUCGCAAAAUCGUCAAUUUUUAGACAGCUGCUUUGAUGAUGUUCUUACGAGUCAC